AGCAGAGCUCGGCUUUUUUGACCCGGGGGAGAAAAACCUAGGACCCCCCGCAAAAUGAUCUAGUUAUCUUGCCGUUCCUGGAGCCGGUCCCCCGCGGAAACCUCGUGGCCUCGGUGUGUCCCGAUUCCAGGCCCUGAGCGAUCCUUUCCUGUGGCCAUGGAGGCCAGAUCUGCUCUUCUUCUAGUUCUUCUCAUCCUCUUUAGCCUCUUCCUUACACCGACCGGAGAGGGCUUCAGUGCCGUUAACCAGUCGGCAGAGACCACCUUAGGGACCAACGGGUGGACCCCUGACAAGACCACCUUAGGGACCACCUUAGGGCCCAAUGGGUGGACCUCUGACAAGACCACUUUAGGGCCCAACUUAGGGCCCAGAGGGGGGACCCCUGACCAGACCACCUUAGAGCCCAAGGGGUGGACCCCUGCCAAGACCACCUUAGAGCCCACCGUAGAGCCCUUCUCAGCGACCUCUGCCAAAUCCACCCUAGAGCCAACCGGGGAGAGUCCGGCCAAAUCCACCCCAGAGCCCGUCCCAGAGGCCACCCGGGAUAUCAAGGUGAACGCUGUCACCUUUAAGGGAAACCCGGAAAGGAACGUGAUCGCACCUUCCCCGUUUCCAACCGAUUCGAGCUCCGCCGCCACGGGGGCUCCAAGCACCCCCAGCCCCGUCGUCUCAGUUGUCCCGUUCACCGGUGUCCUCACAGCGGCACUCGCCUCCACUCAGGGGCCGACGACAAGCGUCCCCACCACACCCCUCACCUCAGAGCCUCCGUCCUCCAGCGAGGGCCCGACGGCAAGCAACGCCCCGACCGGCCCCUCGUCCGGGCCCUGGAAGGACUCCCCCGGUCACGCCGUCAGCGGGCGGGCGCCGCCCGAAGAACGCGGUGAGGUCUCGACCCCGGCCCCCCGCACCACCUCCACCACUGCCACCACCCUCCCUCCCACGUCACGGAGCAGCACCCCGAUCCCGACGUCCGGCAAGCGGAGCGGCGGCGUCAACCUGCUAGUCCCCCUGGCCGUGGUCGUGCUGAUUGCCGUCCUCCUGGUGAUCCUCGUCGUGCUGUGGCAGAGGAGGCGGCAGCGGCGGAGGGGAGCCAUGACCUUCGCCAUGGGUGGCGGGGGCGGAGGGAAACGGAACGGGGUGGCCGAAGCCUGGGCCGGCCCAGCCCAGGUCCCCGAGGAUGGGGCUGCGGGGAACGUAGCCCCCAAGGAGACGGAGGAGCCCGGGGGAGGCGGGCCGCAUGAAGGCCAAGGGCCCACCCGCCGCUCCACGCUCACCACCUUCUUCGGCAAGCGGAAGUCGGCCCAGGGCUCGGCGCUCAUGGGGGAUGUGGAAGCGUGCGACGGGCCCUCGGGGCCACAGGAGGAAGCCAUCCCCCUCGUGAGUUACAAGGAGGUCACAGCGGAGGGAGAGAACGGCGGAUCCCCGGCUGGCGAGCCGGAGCCUCCCCCAGCCCCGGGGGCCGACGAGUGAUGGGGAGUCCGGGCCACCGCCCCCCACCCUCGCCAGAACUGAUGGCCGCAGAGAGGAGGGCAGUGGAGUCUUCACCGUCAUCGUCGUCGUGCUUACCGAUCGUCAUCCUACCUGGGCCCCCGCUUCCCGGGCCCUCGUCCCGGAGCGAUGGGUUUUCUGUAGCUACCCGACAAUAGGCUCUGUUCUCGGGAACUUUGAACCUGGACCCCGGGGAGUGUGGGAUUUGCAUUUUAAGAGUGGGUAAGGUCUGCGGGAACAGUCGCCGGGAAGUACCGAGUCUCAAGAUGCCGUCUGGAACGUGGGGGGAAGCGGAAAGCUUGAGCAGGAAGCCACCAGCGUGGCUAUUCCUCCAUUCCCCAAUUAGCCAUUUCAGCGUUAGGGAUUCUGUCUGUCUGUCUGUCCUCCCCCUUCGGUUUCUACAAUAAAGCUCUC